AUGGGUGCUGGAUCUAACAAUGGUCGUGGUUAUGUAUAUCCAGGGAAUUAUCCUGGUAUUGGUGUCCAGCCCAUGUGGCACAACGCACCCGUACUCCAUCAUCGUAUGAAGGAUGCAAGUUUACGUCAAGAAAAUUACUUGGCUCGACGAUGGUAUGAAGACGCUAUGGUGAAUAUUAGACGUGUUGGGAGUCCAAAUUGGGUGGAACUAUCUGCGUUGGAUAGGGAAGGUGAUAACUAUGCGGAAUAUCAGAAUAACCAGUACAUGGAUGACAGUCAGUCUGUUAAUUAUGUGGAGUCAGGGGAAUUUUAUGAAGAAGGGAAUGAGCAGGAAGAUUUAACCUUCUUACCUAGUAUGAGUUACUGUAAUCAAGGAGGGAUGAGAAUGGAAGAUGAAUCCCUAGACGAUGGUGGUGUGGAACGAGAAGAAGAGCCUGGGCAAAUCUUCUCUGUGUUCAAUAUUAAUGAAGGUCGAGAACGGUACUCUUAUUGUCCUCGUCAACAGGUGAUGAAUGGGGAAGAGGGAUAUCAGGAGGAAGUUUUUAACAGUGUACCGAGGUCUCGACAGCGUCAAAGAAUAAGUGCUGUACCACGAGCAUUUGAUUUUGUCUCAAUGGAAGAUGAGGGGGAAUAUGAAGAAGAAGAUGAGGAUGAGGCUUUCCUGCGGCGACAGCAUUGUAUGGAGAAUCCCAGGUAUAGUAUAUUUCGCACUAUGGCUGAACGUGGAAGUGUGGGAGAUAAUUGCAGCUAUCAUAGUCAUAUGCGUCCUUCUCGUGUAAGAGAUGGUGAUAGUCAUUUUGAAUACGGGAAUGGGUUUGUGGAUACCGCCUUUCCAGGGACGGACUAUAGAUAUACAGAGAGUAUUGCUUCUGAAGCUACUGUACCCAGCAGAGUGAAUACCCCACCCCUAUCAUUAUUGAAUCCUGUUGUUAAUAAUAAUAAUAAUAAUAAUAAUAAUAAUAAUAAUAAUAAUAGUCUUGCUGCUUCUGGUCGGGAUUCUGCUACGCAGCGCACACGACAAUCGAGAUGGAAUAGUUCUGGUUAUCGACUUGGGUCUGUGCAAUCUCUCAGUAAUCCAGAAAACCCGUUUCAACCACCACGACCUUCUAUUGUAAGUAGACAAGAUGGGCAAAACAAUAGUGGUUCUAUCAACUAUAAUAAUAAUAAUAAUAAUAAUAAUGGCCCGCAACACUUCAAUGUGGGACCACCACCAAGAGAAUCCUUACGACCAGCACCGCGUGGAUCACUACCGCCACUCCCACCAACAACAAUAUCUCCAAGAAGACGCCAGUAUUCACAACAACAACAACAACAAGAGGAAGAUGAAGAAUAUUACGAACUUCCAGUAUCAGAAUCAUUGCCAACACAGUUAGAGUCAGAACUAUCAUACUCUGGAAAUACGAAAUCUAACCACUCAAAUAACCUCAUGAAGACGUUGACGUCCACUGCCAAGAAUGUAAAGCGCAACCUACCGGAAUACGUUAGGAAAGGACGGGAGGGCCUCGAUUCCUUUGGUAAGAAGGCUCGCAAACAAAUUAUAAAUACCGCUUCCAAUAUAUAUGAUGAAUCUAUUCACAUUAAGAACAACUUGUCAUCUCGUCAGAACCAUUUGGCUGAGAAAAAGGAUAAGAGCUGGAGGAGUGAUGAACAAGAGACGAACGAUGGGAUGAGUACGGAGACCUCAUAUGAGACUCAGGAGAACACUGUAGUCUAUCAACCCCGCUUCCAGCGCAAUACAUCUUCGGCCCAGCAGGAAGAAAGAACGCAAACACAACGGGAGAUGGAACAAGAAAAAUUAGAGAAACUUCAAGCGAUGAAGCAGAAUGAACAACAACAACAACAGAGAUCCCAACAACAGCAACAACAACAACAAGUACAGCAAGGUCAACAACAACAACAGAGAGGACAACAGGAAAUGAGGCGGCCUCAGGCUCCAACGGUGCCGAGACCACAAUAUGGUCAAUGGAAGUCUUCCUCAACCACCGUAGAUGGCGUUGGGUCCUCUACACCGAAAGUAGAAGGUGCAGAGAAAGAAAGACGAAAUGGACCAAAUAUGCCGACAAUGCCUCAGGGAAGGAGAGAAGCGAACAAUCCAACAAAUAACGCGGGUUCUGGUGAAAAGGGACAACGACCGUCUUUGACGAAAGGGGACGAUACGCUUCUACUCCCACCGGUCGCUACAGGCACCAAUAGUUCAUACUCAAAUUGGAACUCACAAUCGAGAGCAGGAUCCUAUGCUAAAAUGCCAUUAGACUACCAAUUUUAG